ACAGGAAGCUGUGCCAGCCAAUAGGAAAGAGUCUAACUCACUGUGCCUGUCACGUGGUCUCCGGCUACAACGACUAGGCUACACGGUAUUGCUAACACGAAACAAGAUGGGUACUCACGCAUUGGAACCAUCCUUGUACACUGUAAAAUCAAUUCUCAUCCUGGACAACGAUGGAGACAGACUUUAUGCCAAGUAUUAUGAUGACACGUACCCCACAGUGAAGGAACAGAAAGCUUUUGAGAAGAACAUAUUCAACAAAACGCACAGGACUGACAGUGAGAUAGCAUUCCUGGAAGGCCUGACUGUUGUUUACAAGAGCAACAUUGACCUCUUCUUUUAUGUUAUUGGAAGUUCACAAGAAAAUGAGCUUAUGCUUAUGGCUGUUCUCAACUGCCUUUUUGACUCUCUCAGUCAGAUGCUGAGAAAAAAUGUUGAACGUAGAGCUUUGUUGGAGAAUAUGGAGGGGCUCUUCCUUGCUGUGGAUGAAAUCGUAGAUGGGGGGGUGAUACUUGAGAGUGACCCCCAGCAAGUUGUACACCGUGUGGCCCUCAGAGGGGAUGACGUGCCUUUGACUGAGCAGACCGUUACUCAGGUCCUUCAGUCUGCCAAAGAACAGAUUAAGUGGUCACUUCUACGAUAGUCUGACCAGAAGAGCCACUGUACAGCACUGAUCCACAUCCUCCUUAUUCCUCUCCUACAAUCACAGCUUGACACAUCCAGUCAUACCUCCACUUCAAUUUUGAAUACUUUUUUGUGUGACGUUUAGAACAGCAGGAUAAGAAGAUAAGGUGUACCGGUACAUUCCAGUACGCGGGUUGAACUGUUUUAAUUAUGUAAAUCAGCGUAUUGCUCCAUGACAUCUUAUAAACCUUAUUGUAACCGGGGACAACAUUCCACGCCUUUCCCCCACUUUUGCUUUACCAUGUGUUGUCAUUGUUUUGUGAUGAAUCAUUUUGCAUUAUACCUCCUAACAUGAACAUCAUGUACUGCAAUGUUCAUCACCGGUUUCCAGGGUUUAUUUUAACUUGCCUUCUUCCAUCAUCACACAAUUUUAAUAAAUGUUUGUUGAUGCUGUCUAAAAA